AACAAAAUACCACUGAUAGACAGACUUUCUAAAAGUUUUAGGGUCAAAUGGAGUGAGGUGAAGAAAGUAGGAAUAAGAACGAAUAAAUCUGCAGACUGUGCAAUGGAUGCAGUGAGAAAGAUUGCUGCAGCUACUAUUCGUGGUGGAGUUUUCAGAGAUGUGAACAAGUGUCGUCAGUUGGCAAAGUUUUCAACAUCCAGACAUGUCGCUGCUCAAUUGACUGUAAGAGAUGCUUUGAAUGCAGCCAUGGAUGAAGAGCUUGAUCGAGAUGAACGAGUACUUGUAAUGGGGGAGGAAGUUGCUAUGUUUGAUGGAGCAUAUAAGGUCAGUCGUGGACUAUGGAAGAAAUAUGGUGAUAAACGUGUGAUUGAUACACCUAUCACUGAGAUGGGUUUUGCUGGAAUAGCUGUAGGAGCAGCCAUGGCAGGAUUAAGACCCAUCUGUGAAUUCAUGACCUUUAAUUUCUCCAUGCAAGCCAUUGAUCAAGUUAUCAACUCUGCUGGAAAAACAUUUUAUAUGUCUGCUGGAAUGGUAAAUGUGCCCAUUGUAUUUCGUGGACCCAAUGGAGCAGCAGCAGGAGUUGCAGCACAGCAUUCUCAGUGUUUUGCUUCAUGGUAUAGCAAUUGUCCUGGUCUUAAAGUUAUUUCACCUUACUCUGCAGAAGAUGCUAAAGGUCUCUUAAAAUCAGCUGUCCGAGACCCUGACCCAGUUGUGUUUCUUGAAAAUGAAAUUAUGUAUGGCACCAGUUUUGAAAUUUCUGAUGAAGUUUUAUCAAAGGAUUUCCUUAUACCUAUUGGAAAGGCAAAAAUAGAAAGGGAAGGAAAACACAUAACACUUGUGGCUCACUCUAGACCUGUAGGAAUGUGUUUGGAAGCAGCUAAACAACUAGCUAGUUCUGGAAUUGAAUGUGAGGUUAUAAAUUUGAGAACAGUUCGUCCCAUGGAUGCUGAGACAAUUUUUAACUCUGUGAUGAAGACAAAUCAUCUUGUAACUGUAGAGGGUGGAUGGCCGCAAUGUGGUAUAGGAUCUGAAAUAUGUGCUCAAGUUAUGGAAAGUCAAGCAUUUGACUACUUGGAUGCUCCAGUGGUAAGAGUAACAGGUGUAGAUGUCCCUAUGCCCUAUGCACACACCCUUGAACUACAUGCUACUCCAAGAACAGAGGAUGUAGUCUUUGCUGUCAAAAAGGUUCUUAAUGUCAGUUAAAGGAUAUUAUGCUACAUGUUGUUUAAUUCAAGAAAGUAGUUCAAAAAUAGUAAUCAACACAGAUACCAAGUUGUAGGACACUUGCAAGUAAAGCUUGGCGGAACUUGUUACAUGACUUGAAAAAGACUUGUAACUUGUUAACAAAUGUAACAUUUGAUCCAAGAAAUAGAGUGCUUUUAGUCAUUAUUUGAAUCACUAGUUUGGAUAUUUUAUACCAACCUGAAUAUUCAGUGUUUGUUUAAUUACAACAAUCAUUAUUUAUCAUGAGUUAUUUGAAUGAUAAGAAUGAGAAAGAUAAAAAAUUAUAUGGUAUUAGAAACUCAACAAGUUAAGUAAAUUGUAGAAAGGUUUCUAUUAAAGCUUAAACAGAAAAAAAAGAGAUAUAAACUUUGCUAAUGCAUCCAAAUUGUACAUAUAAAUUUAACCUUUCUGAAUUCCUCUUAACCCCACUAUUUGUUUGGUUGGCCUAAUACUUUCUUUAAAAAUGACCUGGUUAUUUGGCUUGGUAUUUGAUUUGUAAAAUGAUAUGCUUCUGUUUGUUUGGUCAUACCAGUCAUUAUCUAUGAAUUAUAGGUUAAAUAAAAAUAUCACAAUCAUA